GGGGUUUGCGUUCCCAGAGUUCCUAUUGGGUUAACAGUGCAGGCUCUAAGAUGGCGGCAGUGGCAAGCUGCGGCAGUGGCGCGGGGAGUACUGGGUCUGCAGUGGCGACAGCCAGCAAGAGCAAUGUCACCAGUUUCCAGAGGAGGGGUCCUAGAGCCAGCGGGACCAACGACAGCGGCCCUCGACUGGUGUCCAUUGCGGGCACGCGACCGUCGGUGCGGAAUGGACAGCUGCUGGUAUCAACCGGGCUCCCAGCCCUGGACCAGCUCUUAGGUGGAGGUUUAGCCAUUGGAACAGUUCUUCUAAUUGAGGAGGAUAAAUAUAAUAUUUACUCACCUUUGCUCUUCAAGUGUUUCCUGGCAGAAGGAAUUGUCAAUGGGCAUACUUUGUUGGUUGCAUCUGCUAAAGAGGAUCCUGCCAACAUUUUACAGGAACUUCCAGCACCAUUACUUGAUGAUAAUAGUAAGAAGGAAUUUGAUGAAGAUGUGUAUAAUCAUAAAACACCAGAAUCUAAUAUUAAGAUGAAAAUAGCUUGGCGUUACCAGUUAUUACCCAAGAUGGAGCAGAUUGGACCAGUAUCAUCACGAUUUGGUCACUAUUAUGAUGCAUCAAAAAGAAUACCACAAGAACUAAUUGAGGCUUCAAACUGGCAUGGAUUUUUUCUUCCAGAGAAAAUAUCUUCAACUCUCAAAGUAGAACCCUGUUCUUUGACCCCUGGCUACAUAAAGCUGCUUCAGUUUAUCCAGAACAUUAUUUCCGAGGAAGGAUUUGAUGGAUCCAAUCCUCAGAAAAAACAAAGAAACGUUUUAAGAAUAGGAAUUCAGAAUCUUGGCUCACCUUUAUGGGGAGAUGAUAUUUGCUGUGCAGAAAAUGGUAGCAACAGUCACAGCCUUACCAAGUUCCUCUAUGUUCUCCGUGGUCUUCUGAGAACCUCUCUUUCAGCCUGCAUCAUCACAAUGCCAACACAUCUGAUCCAGAAUAAAGCCAUUAUUGCCCGUGUCACAAACUUGUCAGAUAUAGUAAUUGGUCUGGAAUCAUUUAUUGGUUCUGAGAGAGAAACUAAUCCAUUGUAUAAGGAUUAUCAUGGCUUGAUUCAUAUACGGCAGAUUCCUCGGCUUAAUAACUUGAUCUGUGAUGAAUCAGAUGUCAAAGACUUAGCUUUUAAAUUAAAAAGGAAGCUGUUCACUAUUGAGGACUGAUUGGUCUAUAAAAAUACUAAGGCCAAAAGCCAAUCAUGAAAAAAGUAGCCAAGAAGAGCGCUAUUUCAGGUAAUCUUUUUUGCUUUUUAUUUAGCUCUUGAAUAUCCAUUCUGUACUGUUUUGUUUGUUUUGUUUUGCCAUACUUUAGUACAUGGAAAACAUCGUGCAUUUCUUUUAUAAAGUAUCAAACUUUGAGAAAUGUUGUUCUUUUAGAGCAUAGAUGUUAUGAACGUAGGUAUUUUUAUUCAUCAUUGUAUCUCCUUUUCCUAGUUCAUUGCCUGAUCAUAUAGGUGCUCGUCAAAUAUUGCAUGAAUGGAUAAAUGAAUGAAUGUCCUCUUGAUAUUGCUCAAAACAUAUAAAAGGGUGUGACCAUUAAAAAAUUCAUUUCAGUUAUAUGGAAUAGUUUGAUAGUGUGAAUACAGUUUUCUGUAGAUGCUUAAUAUACUUGUAAGGUUUUACAUAAGUAAAAUAACCUUCAAAAAAUAUCAGCUAAUAAUACAAUGAGCUGUUAUUGUUGAAAACAGUUCAUGAGACUUACGAGUUACAGAUGAAAUAAUUAUGUAAAAUGGAAUUUUAACACAUUUUGCAUAUUCUACACUUUUAUUUAAAUACACAUUAUCAGUAAAGUAACUGAUAUCACUUCCAUAACAGAAUCUAGGACUAAUCCUUAUUGAAAAAUCAUCCCAUUGAUCUCUUUAUUAUACACUCGAAGCUGACCAAAUUCCAGUCUAGUUCUUCAGUUUGGCUUCUUCAGAAUUUCCUCCUGAGAAACCAUUCUGAUCCAAACAGAAAUUUAAAUUAAGGCCAACUAUAUUUAGGAGAAAAGCUGUAAAUUUACAGUGUGUGAUUUAUAACUGAAUGCAUUUCAUUAAGAUAUGUUAUUGACUUAAUGUGUAAUUCCGUCAAAAACAAAAAAGUACAUGUAAAGAUAUUUUGGAAAUGUUAUCUACUCUUAGUAGUACUAUAGACAUGAGCAAUUAAUUUGGCAUUCAAUUAUUAUAACAUUCCAAUCAUUUUAUUGGAAAGGUUAUUAAGCUUUUGUCCAUGUAAAAGUGGGUAAGUAAAGGGCAAUAUUAAAGCAACUAUGCCCAUGUUGCAAUAGAACAUGUACUUAGCAAACUAUGGUCCAUGGGGCAAAUCCAGCUCCAUGAGUUUUUUUUUAAAUACAUUUUAUUGUAACAGCCAUUCCUAUCAUUUUGUAUAUGGCUGUUUUCACAGUGCAUCACUAAGUUGAGAUCUUAUGGCCUGCGAAGCCAAAAAUAUUUUCUGUCUCGUCAUUCACAAAGAAAAUGUUCUGUGAAGAAGAACCCCUACUUUAAAGAGCCACAUACUUUACAGAAAAUUUACUGAGAGAGUUGUCAAUUUGGUGAUAAUGAUUUAUACUCUUAAAAUUAAGCUUUAUUUGAAAAAUAACAAACACAUACAAUCAUUUGCUGUGUAAUUUGCACUUGUAGAAUUUAAUGCGAUGUCUUUCAGAAAAUACCUAGAUUUUUCAAACAGUCUGCGUUAAUGUCUGUCCGAGAAAAUACCUAGAUUUCAUAAAAGGUUAAAAUUGGAAGGGAGCUUAAAGUGCUUCAAAGCCAGCUUCUCAUUGUGUGCACAUAUUUUCUCAUCCAGCCUCUCUGUAAUCAUGUGGAACUCACUUUCUUAGAGGCACCUCAUUUCAGACUCUACCAGAUUCUUUCAAAUGCUAAAGCGACCUCUUAACCAUUAGUACUAAUUCAGUUUUCUGAAGCCACAGAUAAAUUGCUAUUUUCGAUAUAAUGUUACUGGAUUGAUAAUAAAUACCUAAUAUA